AUGGCCAUCAACCAGCAGCCCGGAGCUUAUCUGCCCGUCAGCCCAACCCAGGUGGUGUCAGUGACCACCACCCAACCCCAAGGCCACGGGACAUGGAGCACCACUCUCUGCGACUGCUGCAGUAACACGGGCACCUGUUGCUGUGGGCUCUGGUGUUUCCCCUGCAUGCAGUGUCAGACGGCCAGUAUGCAUGGCUGGUGCUGCGCCAUGCCACUCCUGGACGUCUGCUGUAUCGUGUCCUGCCUCCUGCGUUCCUCCAUUCGAAAGCGCCACGGCAUCGGCGGUUCGUGCUGCGGCGACUGCUGCAAGGUCACCUGGUGCUACGUGUGCGUGUGGUGCCAGAUGAACCGAGAGCUGAAGAUCGGGCAGGGCAGGCCGGCGAAAACACUGGUCACCACGCAGGUCAUAAAUCUGAAGGAUGCAACCUCCUGGAUGUCCAGAGCUCAUCUGACGCUCCGAGGACGAGACCCCCGAGCUCUGAUGGACCUCUACCAGGAGGCCGUGCUUUAUCUAGGGACACAAGAUGUACCAGUGGAGACUGGUGCUGCAGUGGAGACUGGUGUCCUGGAGGAGGAUUUGCUCCUGGAGGAGUUGGUGUCUCCUCUCCAUUCACAGAGUAUGGACUUCCCUGCCAUCCCUGAGUCGUGCAGCCCGGAGGAAAUGUUGGAGAGGAGGCUCGUGGUCCUGAAAGGCAUCGUGGAGAGUGAGGAGGUUUAUCUGAGCGAGCUGGAGGCCCUGCUGAUGCCCAUGAAGGCUCUGCGGGCCUCGGCUGGGACGUCCCAGCCGGUUCUGUCCACUCAGCAGGUCCAGACGGUUUUCUACCAGGUGCCCGAGCUCAGAGACAUGCACCAAAGCUUCUACUCUGCUCUGAAAGCCCGGCUGAGUGAGACCAGCCACACGGGCUCCGAGCUCACAGUAGGGGACCUGUUCCUGAAAUUGGUGAACCAGAUCGGUCUGUACGGUGGCUUCAUAGAAAACUAUGAGGAGGCCGUUGCAAUUGUUGGAAAGUGCACCCAGUCGGACCCUCGCUUCCGAACUCUGGCCGAGAGAAUGAUGUCGAACAACACUGCUGACAAAGCUCGCACCAAAUACACAUUUGAAGCUCUACUGUAUAAACCUUUGGACAGAGUCACCAGGACCACACUUGUGCUGCAUGACCUCCUGAAGACGACGCCAGCGGACCAUACCGAUCACGUAGCUCUACAGGAAGCUCUGAGGCUGUCCCGCGGCUUCCUGUCCGGCGUCAAUGAGAGUUCCCAGUCUAAACGAGAGGUCACGCUCAGCCACGGCUUGAGACGUCAGUUGAUGCGUGACGGCUUCGUGGUGGACGUGAGCGAGGGGGAACGCAACCUGCGCCACCUCUUCCUCUACACGGACCUCCUGCUGUGCACCAGGUUCAAACAGGCAACCAGAGGGAAGCAGGACCAGUACAGGUUUUGCUGGUAUCUUCCUCUCGCUGGUCUCAAACUGCGCUGGUCCUCAGACCACGAACCGGACACACGCGUGCAAGCCACAAGAACCAAGAUGUUCCUCCUCCGGCAGCAGCUGCAGCAACAAGCGGGAUCCAGAGGCGUGAUGGCGGCGGCUCGCACCCGGAGGAAACUGGAGCAAACGGAGCUGAUGCUGCUCACACAGUCGCCUCUUUACAGACUGGAGCUGCACAGCCCCAGUGGAAAGAGUCACACUCUCCUCCUCCCCUCCUUGUAUGAGCUUGAAGAAUGGAGAGAAGCCGUUCAUAAACUCACCACACAGAAUAUAGAAACGGUCCCUCCAGACCUGCUCACUCUCACCAGCACAUGUGUGAAACUGAGGAUGACCCAGCAGCCGCUGCUCCAAUCCUCCAACCCUGCAGUAGAGAACGAGACCUCGCUGUGUGGGACUCUGAGCGUCGCGGUUCACUCCGCCUGUGGCCUGCAGCAACCGGCCUGUGUGUAUGUGUGUUUGGAAGUGGACGGCUAUGAGUUUUAUGAUAAACUGGCCCAGACGCACUCUUCAGUCCAGAGCAUCAACCCACAGUGGGACCAGGAGCUGUCUCUCCAGGUGGACGGGGCUCAGAACCUCAGGGUGGUCUGUGUGAGUCAGUCUGACGAACAGGAUGACGCUGUCCUGGGGAAAACUGCUCUCAGGCUGGAGUCUAAAUCCCUGAGUAAGCGAUGGAGGAGACAGACGCUGCAGCUCGGCCGGGUGGAGGUGACUCUGUCCCUGAGGUACAGUCCCCACCCGCUGGAGCCGCCCAGUUCCACGGCCCCACAACUCCCCAUCUUCUGUGUCCCCAUUGAAACCGUGGCUCAACAGGAGGGGGCGCUGGUUCCCCGUGUGGUGCGGUGCUGUGUGGAGGAGGUGGAGCGGAGGGGCCUGGCCGAGGUGGGAAUCUACAGGAUUUCAGGGAGCGCCAGUGAAAUCAACACGCUCAGGGCUGCAUUCGACAGCAAUCUACGUGAAGCUGUGACCCGGCUGAGGAGCCUUGAGGUGAAUGUCGUCUCCGGGGUUCUCAAGCUCUACCUGAGAGAACUGCCCGAGUCGCUCAUCCCCUCGGAGCUGUUCCACAGUCUGGCCAGGGCGCUGGACAUCCAGGACAUGAACACACGUCUCGUCUCCAUGCUGUCCCUCCUCCAGUCCUGUCCCGACACCAAACGCUGCACCUUCCUCUACCUCAUGCACCACCUGCAACGAGUGUCUGAGAGGCAACACAUCAACAAGAUGACUCUGCUGAACCUGGCCACGGUGUUCGGUCCCAGCCUGAUACGCCCCCCUGUGGCUGUGAAUAUCUCCCACGAGGUGGUGGUGCAGGUCCAGGUGGUUUACUGCUACCUGCAGUGCAACAACCUCCCUGAAGCCCAGAUCUCGGUGCCACAUGACCCUGAAGAGGAUGACGAGACCACCCACACGUGAGACCACCCUCCGUGUCCCGGCUGACAGGAAAAUCCAAAUUGUGUGUGUUAAAAUAAAAUUCUGUGCAAGAACUGUAAGACAAUAAAUAUAUUUUUUGACAAAAAUA